ACGUUCCCAAAAACAUGGCGUUCCUUCGACGCAAGAAGCCUAACGUCCGAGUACCUACCGGUAAAGAUGCCGUCAACUUCCGCAAGCUUUUGUUCCUGCCGAUAAAAGACACGGAAGAUCUCCUCACCAACCAAGCAUGGGAGCGGCUAGACUUACGAUGUCUAACACUAAUGAAGGCCAAAAUGCUGCGAGCGUCCUGUAUUGCUCGAGGGUUACCGAGGAAAGGAGGUAAACGCACUUUGGUGCAACGUCUCACAGCUUCGUUGAGUGAGCAGCGCGCAGCAGGUAAGAAAUGAUACUGUGUCUUAAUGAAGAGAGAUAUCGUGUUGAUACAGUUCUGUAAUGACAGAAAUUCGACGCCGACAAGAGGAGGAAGAUGAAUAUCAACGUCAACUGGAUAUGCUUGGAGGAGUAUGGUCGUUUGGGUCAGGAUUUGCUGGACAACUUGGCCACGGAGACCUCGAAUCGUCCGCAACUCCACGGAUUAUUAAGAAGCUUCGAGGACGCAGCAUAGCACACGUAUACGCGGGCUUUGACUCGGACGUCGCCUUCGCUGUGAGUCGAUCGGGAGACGUUUAUGUUUGGGGUAAGCGUACGGGCCCUACUGGUCUCCCACCAGGAUUAUCCUUAGCUGCACUUACAAGGAAUACGUACGGUCAAGAUAGCGGUUUAGAAUCUGAAGACGAUCAAAAUGGAGAAAAUAUCACGAAACCCGAACUUUCAGAGAGGAUUGAAGAGGAGCGAGAUGAUGCAGAUGAACCGAAUGAGAGCGACGAAGAAGAACAGGAAGAGGGAGGAGAGGAGGAUUUUGUUCACCCUGUUAAACUGCUGGCCCUUUGUGGCGAAGGUAUCAGUCAUAUCGCUGUGGGUCGAGUACAUUGCUGUGCAACAACCAAAGACGGAGAUGUGUAUACGUGGGGGCAGAACGAUCACUGUCAACUUGGCACUGAACCAGUCCAUAAUUUAUCAGAGGCUCUGUCCAAGAAAGCUCGAGUACGCUACGGAGUUGACUGUGCUGAACCACGCCUAUGGGAGAGAACAGUGUCGGAGACUUGUGUGAUUACCGCGGUUGACGUUGGUACGAAUCACACGUUUGCAGUCACAGACAAAGGCGAAAUGGUGGCGUUCGGAGCCACAUACAACACGAACGACCACUCCAGUCUAGCUCGCAAUAUUGCAAAACUUCGCGUCACUCAGAUCACUUGUGGCGCCAUGCACGCUGGAUUGGUAACUUCCGAUGGACAGGCCUAUACAUGGGGAAGCGGUGACGGUGGCCGUCUAGGACACGGAGACAAUACGUCUUACGUGAAUCCGAAGCUCGUCGAAGCGCUCAAGACCGAUAUCAUCGUGGAACUUGCAUGUGCGUGUUGGCACACGGUGGCAGUCGUGUUAAUUCCGCCACUGUUGAAAGGCGGAGUGGUAUACACAUGGGGAAGCGGUCGUCUUGGACAGCUUGCCCAAGGAGGAAAGCAAAUUUCGACGUUACCAGGUCUAGUCACCGAUUUCCUCACUACCCACGCACUCAUCAAGAAAGUGUGUGCAGGCAUGUACCACAACGUCGCAUUAUCCGUCGAUGAUGAGGUCUUCACAUGGGGUAGCAACAUGAAUGGCUGUCUAGGGAGACCAGAAGAAUUGGGCGAUUUAGAGGAGAAUUUUUGUGCCGUUCCUGGUCGCGUAGAAGGCAUGGAAGACUUUGUCGGCCGUCCUUGCUCCAUUGCUGCUGGUCGCGAGUUUACCUUGAUAGCCACGAAGCCAUACAUCGGUCCAAGCCGAGAAGAACUGGAGCGACGGAAACAAGAGCAGAUGCAACAAGCUGAGAGUAUCGACCGCCAAUCAGGUGUGGUUAAAGACGAAAAACGUGACAAACUUCAGAUGAUUCGGAAGCACAAGCACGCGACCAUCAUGGCGCUCUUGAAUGCGAAAUACCCAAAGUGUACAAUCUGCGCUGUGGGGCUUGUUUGCCCUGGAUUCCAGCCAAACAGUGAAAAUCCGACGCUGUGCAAACACUGCAUGCACGACAACCGGAAGCAUCAGGAUCAAUAUAAAAUCCACGACAAGAAGAUCACGCUGACCUACCUCACGCAAGCCGUGGAGAAACUGGGAAUCACAGUCGAUUUCAGCGAUAUCCCAGACAUUGAACUGGAGGAAGAACUCGAAUUUGAGCUGGAAGAGGAUGAAUAA